AGGAGGCUGGCAGUCUGGGAAGAGGAGAGCCGGGCUGUCAGAGCUCAAAGCGGGGCUCCCGUCGUGUCCUGUGGCGGCGAACGGUCGCGGCGAUAAAAGAAGAAAGCCUUCGGUAAAGUGCCGGGAUGGACGCGGAAGGUGUCGUGGCGGCGGCGGCGCGGAGGAGAACACGGAGCUGCUGUGACGGCGACGGUAGCGUCACCUCUGGGCGCGCUUCCUUGGGGGAGGCUGGCGGGGAAGUGGCGCACCGGCGACGGCAUUGAGAGCAGCGAAGUGCCGCCAUGGAGAGGCGCGACACGGGCACGCAGGAAAUGCCCGCGUCGAAGGAGGAGGCGAAGCGUAAGGAGAAGAAGCCGAGACCCGUGAAGCUUUUCCGGAAGAAAUCCCUGAAGUCCGUGGGGAGUUUUAUGAACCGAAUAUUCAAAAGUCUGACUUUCACCCACUUGGGAGACACGCGGGACGCGGAGGACGACGACGGCGGCUUCGGCGACGGCGCACCUUGCACGCUCGGCGCCACUUCGGCGCUCGUCCAGGAGGACGCCCCGGCGGCCAAGAAACUCCUCCGCCAAUACGGGGACAAAACCCCGGGCGUGCUGGGCGUGAAGAACCACGGGAACACGUGCUUCAUGAACGCCGUGGUGCAGUGCCUGAGCAACACCGACCUGCUGGCCGAGUACCUGGGGCUGGAGAGGUACAAGUGGGACCUGAGUGACGCCGCCGAGGACGGGACGGUGAGGGCCGGGGAGAGCCGCUUCGCCAAGGGGGAGGUCACGGAGCACUUGGCGAGGCUUGUCCGGGCUCUGUGGACUCUGGAGUACACGCCGCAGCUGUCUGUGGACUUCAAGACUAUCGUGUCCAAGUAUGGAUCACAAUUCCGUGGUAAUUCCCAGCAUGACGCCCUGGAGUUCCUCCUUUGGCUGUUGGAUCGUGUCCAUGAAGACAUCAACUUGGCCUCACACAAUAACAACAACAUCACCAAAGCUUGUGAAAAGGGUCCCAUCAGAGAUGAAAACCUGCUGGAUCCUGACCUGACCCAGACCCAGACCCAGCAGCUGACAGUCCAGCAUAGUUUUGUCCAGGAACAUUUCCAGGCUCAGUACAAAUCCUCGCUGACGUGUCCGCACUGUUUGAAACAAAGCAACACCUUUGAUCCUUUCCUCUGCAUCUCACUGCCCAUUCCUCUCCGCCAGACCAGGCCCCUGUGUGUCACCCUGGUCUUCAGCACCAAAGGACAGAGGUACCUGAGAGUGGGCCUGGCCGUGCCUCUCCUGGGCUCCGUGGCCAGCCUGAGGAGGAUGGUGGCUGACGAGGGCAACAUCUCCCCAGACCAGGUGAUCCUGACUGAGGUUUACUCCACAGGCUUCCAGCGCUCCUUCUUCGAUGGCGACGAUCUCACCAGUGUGGCCGAAAAUGACGUCAUCUAUGCCUUCCAGGCUCCGCCCCUCUACAUCAGAGGAGGCUCCGCACGGACCUCAGGGUACCAUCACAGUCUGCCAUCUUCCCCGUUCGCCACCGGUCCCGAGGGGCAAAGGUUAGCCACGUCCGGGGCUUUGUCUUCCGAGUUCCUCAACCACGGCGUCCCGGCCAAGAUUCUGCUGCUGGUAUGCAACGCUGCAGGAGCGGGCCAGCAGACGGUUAGGUUUGGUCCUCCGUUCCUAAUGAGGGAGGAUCGGUCUGUUUCCUGGGACCAGCUGCAGCAGAGCAUCCUCAGCAAACUCUACUACCUGAUGAUCAAUGGAGCGCCGGCGCAGAAUAACAGAGUCCUCUUCAACAUCCGCGUGGUUGGAGGAUCUUCAUUUUACAGCUACUUGUCACCUCAGGACGCCCGGCCGCUCUACCACCCGGCUGUUGACAGAGCGCUGAAAUUCUGCAGCCCAGGAGGCCCCGCCCACGUGAAGCUCAUCAUCGAGUGGGAGUACAGACUCAAAGACUGCCUGUUUGGGAACAUCCAGGAGGAAGUGGUGAAGGACGCAGAGAGCGUGCGGCGGCAGCAGCAGCAACAUGUCCAGCAGUACAGCUGCACCUUGGACCAGUGCUUCCAGCUCUACACCAAGGAGGAGCAGCUGGCGCCGGACGACGCCUGGAAGUGUCCUCACUGCCAGCAGCUGCAGCAAGGCAUGGUGAAGAUGAGCUUGUGGACUCUGCCCGACAUCCUCAUCCUGCACCUCAAGCGCUUCCGGCAGGUGGGCGAGCGCAGGAACAAGCUGACCACCUUCGUGCACUUCCCGCUGACGGGCCUGGACAUGACGCCGCACAUGGUGAAGAAGCGCACGCACGGCGCCGCACCUCACCCGGGAUGGAAAGGGUCCAGACGGUCCGACCUGGCUCCUCCGGACUUCCUGUACGACCUGUACGCCGUGUGCAACCAUCAUGGAGGAAUGCAUGGCGGCCACUACACAGCCUUCUGCAGGAACUCGGUGGACGGCCAGUGGUACAAUUACGACGACAGCGUUGCUGAUCCAGUUCCAGAGGAGGAGCUGUGCACACGCGGUGCCUACAUCCUCUUUUAUCAGAGAAGAAGAACCAUCCCGACUUGGUCUGCGAGUUCCUCCGUCACCGGGUCCACCAGCUCGUCGGCGUCCGGCCACUGGCUGGUGCGGCUGACGGGGGGCGGGGACAGAGGUGCCCCGGCGUCCGGCCUGGGGCCCCCGGUGCCCACGCGGCCUCCGGAGUCUCCUGAGCUGCCGGUGUUUGGAGAAGAACUCUCCCAAACAGCAGAAACAAAUGGAUUUGAUUCCAAACCGUUUGUCCGAGGGACCCAAGGAAGGAGUCUGAGCAUGAGGUCGCCAACAAAGCCCAAGGAGACUUUGGGCAAAGUCCUGCCGCUGCGAUGGUCCUUUGGGACCAAGGACCGGCUCAAGCACUCGGCCGAGACCCAGUCCGAGGAGCUGGUGGAGUAUCUGGAAUCCGGGCGCCGUCCGCGAUGUACCAAAGAGCCGAUAAUAGCGCUGGUGGCCACCCCGCCGCAGAGGCAGAGGAACCAGGGCAGGCGGGAGUGUAGUUCCCCGAGCGGGAGCAGCCUGAGCUCCUCGCCCAGAGUCCCAGAGGGACAGAGUCGUGGCGUGGAGAGACACCCGGUAGUCGCCAACGGCGUCCAAGGCAGGGACGACGGUUCUCUGAGGCUGCGGUCGUCUCACAGAAGAACCAGGCAGGACCAGGGCAGGACCGUGGACCUCCAGCUUCAGAGGGUGGCCGUCUUAGGGUCUCACGCCAGCCACAGUGCACCUCCGAGCGGGGACUCCACGCUGAGGAGGACCAAGGUGCAUUCAGGCGGGAGCACCCGGGCACAGAAAGAACCUGCGGGACAAGACGGCCUCUUGGCAUUUUUCAAACCUCGGAGAGAAGUUUCGCCGCUGAAGGACCAGGAACCGCGCCUCAACGGCUACGGACACGGCGGGAAGCAGGCGGGCGGGGGCUGGACCCAGCUGUCGCUCUCCAACGGGACGCUGAGGGAGGAGCGGCAGGCGGGAGUGAGCGCCUGCUGCAAGGCCAGCGCACGCUCGUCUUGUGCCGACUGCGCCGACAUCAAGCGCGCGCACAGUUCCAGCAGCAUCCAGACCAAGCUGGACCUGACCUUCCGCCGCUGCGCCUCGCUGCAGAGGAACGGGGACACGGCGGCCCCUCCCGCGCCCCGCGCCCUGGCCACCCUGCAGAGGACCCGAUUCAGUACCACCUCCCUGGUGCCUCUGUGACGUGGCUCCCUGAUGACCUCUGACCCCAGGCGGAGGACGUCCGUGGAAAGAAAGAGGUGUCCCCCUCCCCCGCCGUGUCUCACCUGUGCGUGUCUUAAAGUCCAUCUAUGCACACCUGCAGUCCUGAGAGGAAGUUCUGCCUCCCGGACCCCAGUCGCUCCCAGCGGACAUGUUUGUUGUUGUUUACUUUUGACACUUUGCUAUUUCCUUGGAUGUGGAGUUGUGGUGUACACCUUUAAG